AUGUUGAAUGCUUUGCUGCUGAGCUGGGCCAUGCUGCAGGGAUUGCCCACCACCCUGGGUGCCCAGCCCACUCAGCAGUACCCAGAGGCCAUCGGCUCCAGACUGAGUAGGUCAAGUCAGGCUCUGUACUCUGGGCUCCUGCACUCACCUCCUGCAGCAUCUUUGGGACUCUCAGGCCCUGGUAUACAGCCAGAACUGGAGCAGAUGGCAUCCGAGCUGGCAGAAGAAUCCCUCCUGCAAGACCCUGAGGCUCUGGCACCUGGGAUGCCGGGUCCGAUGAACCGCGAAGAUCGCUCCCCACGGCGCUGUGUUCGCCUUCUCGAGUCCUGCCUGGGUCACCAGGUCCCCUGCUGCGACCCGUGCGCCACCUGUUACUGCCGCUUCUUUAACGCCUUCUGCUACUGCCGAAAGAUCAGCACCAACCAUCCUUGUAGCCGCAAUUAG